AUGUUAGUUGCACGGUACACAAUGAGGUGGUUAGUCUGUUCGAUCGUGUCUUUGUCGCUGGUGCUGGUAGCGGCCGGCGAGUCCCUGAACAGUGGCGAUGCGUGUAAAACACCGUCCGGUACGGCUGGAAUCUGUGAGCCGGUGAAAAACUGUUCGUACGUAAUGAAGAUCCUGCAAAGUUCGGACUUUUCGCACUACGAUACAGAAUAUCUGGAAUCGCUGAAAUGCGGCGAAAAAGUGGUUCCAAACCGGAAGAAACCCAUUUCAUUGCUAUGUUGUCCAAAGUUCGACAAUGUGCCAAAGUGUGGAGAACAGAAUAUACGCGAUCGGAUCUAUUUCGGCAAGGAAUCCAAUCGAGGCGAACAUCCGUGGGCUGCCCUCUUGUUCUACAAUGUGGGAAGAAAUCGCGUCGUGCCUAACUGUGGUGGUGCGCUCGUUACGCAGCGAUAUGUGAUAACGGCGGCACACUGCAUUGUGGACAAACCAAAAUGGAAAUUACUUUACGUGCGUUUCAAUGAGUUCAACACGUCCAGCCCGGAUAACUGUACCACUUUGGAGGAUUCUGAUGAAGUCAUCUGCCGGGCAGACUAUGAGGUGGAGUCAAUUACACCUCACCCCGGGUACGACAUGCACAUUAGAUCGCGUCCCAACGAUAUCUGUAUCCUGCGACUCGCUUCCGAUGUCACGUUUAACAAGUAUGUACGUCCCAUCUGUUUACCCUUCAAUCUAGACAUCCAAAAUCUUCCGGUUGCGAAUGAAACGUUCACCGUCACCGGUUGGGGAGAAACAGAACAGCAUAUACCCAGUGAUGUACAGAAACACGUAGAUUUGCCCGGGUUGGACAAUGAGCACUGCAACUCGGUGUACGCCGUGGCAAACGUCACCCUCACGGACAAGCAGUUGUGCAUCGGUGGAUUGAACGGUUCUGAUUCUUGCCGGGGAGAUUCCGGUGGACCACUGAUGCGUCAGGUGAUUGGUGAUUGGUUCCUUGUAGGGGUCGUUAGUUUUGGAGCACGAAUUUGUGGAGCGUACAAUUUGCCCGGGGUGUACACAAAUAUCGUGAAAUAUUUGGACUGGAUGGAAACAGUUAUGUUCGUUGAGCAAUACUUGUAAAACGCGAUAAACUGGAUUUACUAUCCUGCUUUGUGAAAACAUAAUUUGAAAUGAGACUUAAUGCAGCCUGGGGCUACAACGUCUGUUUGUCCUCAUAUACUAUUAAAAUGUAUUGGGUUGUGUCCUUAAUCUUGUUCUACCCGUUGAUCCUAUCCAUGAGCGAGCCGUAGAUUUACCAUUGCCUUGUACAAGAGGGUAUCAAAAAUUUCCAAAAAUGUAAUCACUCUCGAGCGCGAAACAAGGAACAAAAAACAAGUUUAUCAACUUGGCAGCAGUAAAGGGCCUAAAGGGCAGCAGUAAAGGGUAUUGUUCAUAUUUAUGUAGCAAAUUCCGUAGGUCAUUCCAAUCCACAAUUUGGUCAAAAUCCAGAAGAAAUGAUUGUGUCUAAACACUGACAUUACUGGCGGCAAUUAAAAAACGUAACCAUGUCAAUAAAGUCACAUCAAUCUACGCA